GCCCCGGCGGCCCGCGACCCUGCUAGGCUGCGGCGGCAUGGCCCGCGCGCCCAGCGCGACCUCUGCGGAUUGCAUCGGUGUGAGGCGGCGGGGCAUGCCCAGGGCACCGGGCGCGGCCUUCAAUGGGCGAGGACACGGACACGCGGAAAAUUAACCACAGCUUCCUGCGGGACCACAGCUAUGUGACAGAAGCUGACAUCAUCUCCACUGUCGAGUUCAACCACACUGGGGAACUGCUGGCCACAGGUGACAAGGGUGGCCGUGUGGUUAUCUUCCAGCGGGAACCAGAGAGUAAGAACGCCCCUCACAGCCAGGGUGAGUACGACGUGUACAGCACCUUCCAGAGCCAUGAGCCGGAGUUUGACUACCUGAAGAGCCUGGAGAUAGAGGAGAAAAUCAACAAGAUCAAAUGGCUCCCGCAGCAGAACGCCGCACACUCACUGCUGUCCACCAACGAUAAAACUAUUAAGUUAUGGAAGAUCACCGAACGAGACAAGAGGCCGGAGGGCUACAACCUGAAGGAUGAGGAGGGGAAGCUGAAAGACCUGUCCACCGUGACAUCACUGCAGGUGCCUGUGCUGAAGCCUAUGGACCUGAUGGUGGAGGUGAGCCCGAGGAGAAUCUUCGCCAAUGGCCACACCUACCACAUCAACUCCAUCUCAGUCAACAGUGACUGUGAGACAUACAUGUCAGCGGAUGACCUACGCAUCAACCUCUGGCAUCUGGCCAUCACUGAUCGGAGCUUCAAUAUCGUAGACAUCAAGCCAGCCAACAUGGAAGACCUCACAGAAGUGAUCACAGCAUCCGAGUUCCACCCUCACCACUGCAACCUCUUUGUCUACAGCAGCAGCAAGGGGUCCCUGCGGCUCUGUGACAUGCGGGCAGCUGCCCUGUGCGACAAGCACUCUAAGCUCUUUGAAGAGCCCGAGGACCCCAGCAACCGCUCCUUCUUCUCAGAGAUCAUCUCCUCGGUGUCCGACGUGAAGUUCAGCCACAGUGGGCGCUACAUGCUCACGAGGGAUUACCUCACGGUCAAGGUCUGGGACCUGAACAUGGAGGCGAGGCCCAUAGAGACCUACCAGGUCCACGACUACCUGCGGAGUAAGCUCUGUUCCCUGUAUGAGAGUGACUGCAUCUUUGACAAGUUUGAGUGUGCCUGGAACGGGAGUGACAGCGUCAUCAUGACAGGGGCCUACAACAACUUCUUCCGCAUGUUCGACCGCAACACCAAGCGGGAUGUGACGCUGGAGGCCUCUAGGGAGAGCAGCAAACCCAGGGCAGUGCUCAAGCCCCGGCGCGUGUGUGUGGGUGGCAAGCGGCGGCGUGAUGACAUCAGUGUGGACAGCUUGGACUUCACCAAGAAGAUUCUGCACACAGCCUGGCACCCGGCCGAGAAUAUCAUCGCCAUUGCGGCCACCAACAACCUGUACAUCUUCCAGGAUAAGGUCAAUUCUGACAUGCACUAGCUGGUCUCAGUGGCCCUCCAGGCCACCUCUGUAGGAGGAUGAGCGUGGUGGCCCUCAGGGGACAGGAGUCCCUAGGCUGGAGUUGCCUUGGAUGGUAAUUGCCAGUUUAAACAAAGGAAAGGGAGAAGAGCGUCAGUCACAGGUGAUAAAAUGGAUGUGCCUGGUGGGCCUCGGUCCAGGGUUCCUUUGUUUACGGUCCUUCUGCCUCAGGCUGGGCCUUUGUUUAUUAUCAGGACUUUAUUCCUGUCCAGGGGUGAUUUUUACUGCAGUGGAUCAGUUGCUAUCAGGGAAAGUUAAGCUGGUCCCUGACAGGGCUCCAGAGAAAGAGUGAAGCUCGCAGCCAGUCAAGAUCUGUGCCAGCCACGUGCUCUGGCUCAGAGCUGCUGGCUCCUGUUGGAUUUUGGACAGUGCAUUUUCAUUGAGUGAUGGCAAUGCCAACUCCUCACUGGGGUGUUGGGGAGGUCUUUUCCGUAUCCUAGGGGCCAGGCCAGGGCAGGUCCUGAGAGGCAGAGCUGAAGUCCUCGGGUUAAUCGUGAGGCAGGGCUAGGUUCCUUGGGUGGCUUUUCCAGGCUGGGGCAAGUCCUGAGAGGCAGGACUGGGGACCUGUGUGGGCUGUAGCCCUCACCUCACUGCCGUCCAUUUGUGAGUGCCCACUGCACGCUGGGCAUGGUGCUCAGUCCAUAGUGGCUGUGGAUGGAUCCCCACAGCCCACUCUGUGGUGGUGUUGCUGUCACUCCCCCACGCUAUCCAGUCAUCUUCCCACAGCUGACAGUGGGUCCUGUCCCUGACUGCAGAAUCCUCUAGCCCGUGAGGCAGGUGCCCACUCAUUUCCAUAAGUCCCAGGCUCUGCUGGAGCUGGGGUGUGGUUACCAUCCCCUUUGUACAUAGGACGGAAACUAAAGUGGAGAAACGGGGGUGUCUAAGGAGUCACAGCCCGAGGGCUGAGUUGGGGUUCCAUGCAGGUCUUUCCACGGGCUCUUUCCAGCCCCACCCCCAUUGAUGACUGGUUUCCAAGCAGCAUCCCCAUGGAAGUUUCUGGAAGGGAAGUAUCUCCAUCUUGUGACGUCAGAGCAGGUGCACUGGCGACAAGAUGACAUGAGAGAGAAGAUGGAGAAGAGCUGCAGUGGCUCCCCGCUCUGCUUGGUGGCAUCCGGACAUGCUCCCAGAUGCACUUCACCUACAUUCUACCUGCAGCUUUCUCUUCACCCUCCCAGCCGCUCCCCAAGGAGGUUGCAUGCAGCCAGGCAGCCCCAGAGGACAUUCACUCAGACCUCCCCAGAGGCACAGGUCAUUGGCCGUUCACAGUGAUCCCUGCUCCAUGCUCACUCCUGGAAUCCCAGAACUGCAGGGCUUGGCAUUUUGACUCUGGAAGCAGACAGCAGAGGGGCUUUAGUUUUUACAACGUGAACUGCCACCCAGGAAAUGGAGACGCAACGGAGCUUUUUUUCUCAGUGGAUCAAGGUAUCCUUGUGUGUGUCAAAGCACAAACCGCAUGCACACUCACUUCCGGCCAUGUAUUUACACAGAAACUGGGUCCAUUACAUUUUUGGGUUUUUUUAUUUUUAUUUUUAAUCAACGUGAAUGAAGAAUGUUUAUCCAUCACUGUAAAAUUCAGGCGCUCUGGACAGUAUUAUAUGUACAUAUUGACCCUGGUUAAAGUGAGGAAUCAAAAGAUCGGGCGACUUUCCCCUCUUGUAAAGAAGUGGAAGAAUGUGGCCAGUUGUACAUAAAUCCCAUUGCAGCCAAAAUCCAGGUGAGAGGGCCUUACGCACUGGCCUGGAUCUCCGGCACACCCGCUUGCCUUUGCAGUUUGGCAUCAGAGGGGACACUUGCCUUGGGGGCUAGCUGCUGCUGUGAGGCCACAGGUGUGACACGUACCAUCUUCAAAGUCAAAUCUCACGUGGUCUGCAAAAGGAGGGGUCUUGCACACACCCCUAGAUUCUAGACUUCUGUUUUAAACAUUGGGUACCAAAGUAGGAAGGAAAGAGAGAGACAGAAAAAGAUCUCAGAAGAAAAGCAUGUCUUUGGGACCCCAGGAAAUCACCCAGGUCCAGAGCGGACUGCAAAUAGUAAUGUGUGUAUUAACUGGGGAAGCAGGUGCGGAGGGGGAGGGGCAGCGUGAGGAAUAGCAGAAGGACCAGAGCCAAGCCACAGACUUCGCCACCUUACUCUGCUUAAGUUCUCUGGUCUUGAAUAUGUGGCAUUCCCGUCAUCAUCGCGACAUUGUUGGGUUUUGAGUUCGUCUCUUCUGCUUUGGUUCCUCUCUGAGGGCGGAGCCCCCGGAGGGUGUUGGGUUUGUCCGUGCUGGUGACAUAGUCAGGCCCAGUCAUCUGGGGUUCUGUGGCUCAUAGGUGCAUUCUUGUUUUCUUCGGUGUCUCACAAAUUAUCCAACUGUUGAAUAAAAUUAUAAAUAUGUUAA